UUUCAGUGCGCUGUGUCAGUCAUCACCAUGGAAACCGACGUCAACAACAUUUCAGAAACAGUGACAGCAGUGGAGAUGGACAGCGCGAAUAACGCUCACUGUGAGCAUACAAUCAAAAACAUCGACUGGAUCCCAUGCAAAGACUUCACAAUCAAGAUCGGAGAGCAGCAGAUCAGACAUUACAUGGACACAUGGGAGAUAGAGCAGCCUGGCUGGCUCUACAAUCUGAGGUUUCUCCAGGAGACAGAGCUGGAGUUUAAAACGCAGUACCAGUACGAAGUCAAAUGGAGCAUCCCGACCCCAAGCGCCCCGAUCCCGAGAGUCACAGCCAGCGUGUACUUCACCAUAGAGAUCUCCAAAAUCAAACCAGACACACGGCCUGUGGACGUCCACUUCCUCGUCGAGGCCAACAGGUCCAAACAUAGUCCAGGACAAACGAGGUUCAGGGAGAAGUGGCUGAUGAAUGUCAUUGAGAGCAAGACUUUGCUGACGGACACCGUUGACUUUUAAUACUUCAAAACAUAUCCGUUUAAUUCGCUGUUUACAAACGAUCACUUUCAAUGGAAAUAAAGUCAAAUGAUUUAACUGAUGCUUCAUAAGGAAGCACUGUGCUAUCAUCACUAGGCACGCAAUGCAAACGCUAAGAAGAAGACUAACGUUAGGUUAGGUCUCAUAUUUAACAUAAGGUCAAGGUGCGUUUUUUUCUUUUCUUUUUAGUGUAAGUUAGCUCGAAUCAUUUUAAACGCUAAAU